AUGCGCAAAGAAAAUUCAGCCUUGAAGUCGAGUGAUUCACCCGCGCUACCCAGUUUCCUGGAUGAUACUGGCAGCACGCAUUUUGGUCGUAGGAAAACACUGAAAGGGCCGAACGAGUUGAAACUACGCUGCACAGAGUUCGAUGAGAACGGGAAUGUCACGUUCAUGGAUGGUGAGUUCAAGAAGUCCGAGCUAAUUGCCAAGUAUGGUCUACUCCCUCGUGACCUGAGAAAAAUUGAUUCCUCUCUAUUGCCCCAUAUCCUCGUCCGUCCCUCCGCAAUCUUGAUCAAUCUUCUCCACCUACGCGUUCUCAUCAAGCACAACCGUGUACUCGUACUUGAUGCAUAUGGUACUACGGACUCAUACACUCAGUCCCAAUUUAUCCACGAUCUUCAAGGGAAGCUGGGUCAGCACGAAACAUCACGGCAAGCUGGAGGCUUACCGUACGAGUUCCGAGCUUUGGAAGCGGUGCUUAUCAGCGUCACGAGUGGCCUCGAGGGAGAAUUCGAGGUCGUCUCUGAGCCGGUGCAGAAGGUUUUAAAAGAGCUUGAGGAGGACAUAGACCGUGACAAGCUACGCCAUUUACUCAUAUAUUCAAAAAGACUGGGCACAUUUGAGCGAAAAGCUAGGCUCGUGAGAGAUGCAAUAGAUGAUCUACUCGAGGCGGACGAUGACCUUGUGACCAUGUACUUGACUGAAAGGGCGCAAGGAAAAGUCAGGGAAGAAGACGACCACACAGAGGUUGAGAUGCUGCUAGAAUCGUACCACAAAGUCUGCGAUGAGAUAGUCCAAAUCGCUGGGAAUCAGGUCAGCAAUAUUCGAAACACUGAGGAGGUCGUGAAAGCCAUUCUUGACGCCAAUCGCAACUCCCUUAUGCUUCUCGAUCUCAAGUUUAGCAUUGGCACUUUGGGCAUUGGCACUGCGGCCUUCGCUGCCAGUCUCUACGGUAUGAAUCUGAAGAACUUCAUCGAGGAAUCGGAUCUCGGUUUUUUGGGAGUGACAGCCACGUCGACGGUCUUGGCAGCGGUGGUAUGGGCGUAUGGCCUCAAGAGGCUUCGAAGGGUACAAAGGGUCAGUAUGUGGGGCGAGCAAGGGAGCAGGAGCCGUGGACCAUGGACAGACGUCAACACCCCUCUACCGGCCUUACCAGGAGAGUCGAGGGUGGAGCGACAAAGGAGGCUGGAGCUGGCAAGGAAUGAAAGUGGAGAAGACGGCGCAGGAGUAAGAGAAGGCUCAGAAGCCGUGGAGAUGUAUCCAACGGUAAAUGAGGAGAAGCCUUUAAACGAGAAGUGA